UAUAUAUAUAUAUAUAUAUAUAUAUAUUAUUUUUUAUUAUCAUAUUUAUAUAUACCAACAUAACAUUCACAUAUAGUACAACACAAGUUACUACAACUUCUCCUUCAAAAAAAAGUUACUACAACUUUCUCAUGGCAACUAUACUCUUCUUUGUUAUCAUCUUCACCAUCUUUUUUCUCAUUCACCGGAGUACUCACCGGCGGCGAUACAAGCUCCCACCGGGGAGUCUUGGACUACCCUUUGUAGGGGAAACUAUGCAACUAAUAUCAGCUUACAAAACCGACAACCCAGAACCAUUCAUAGACCAACGAGUGAACCGGUACGGUUCAAUCUUCACAACUCAUGUUUUCGGCGAACCAACUGUUUUUUCAGCUGACCCGGAAACGAACCGGUUUAUUUUAAUGAAUGAAGGGAAACUUUUUGAAUGUAGUUACCCCGGUUCAAUAUCGAACCUUUUGGGAAAACACUCUUUGCUUCUUAUGAAAGGUUCUCUUCAUAAGAGAAUGCAUUCGCUUACUAUGAGUUUUGCUAACUCCUCAAUUAUUAAGGAUCAUCUUCUUCUUGAUAUUGAUCGGCUUAUUCGGCUUAAUUUGGAUUCUUGGUCCGACCGGGUUUUACUAAUGGAGGAAGCCAAGAAGAUAACGUUUGAGUUGACAGUGAAGCAGCUGAUGAGUUUUGAUCCAGGUGAAUGGACUGAGACUCUAAGGAAAGAGUACGUUCUCGUGAUUGAAGGAUUUUUUACCCUUCCCUUACCACUCCUCUCUAGUACCUACCGCAGAGCAAUCAAGGCAAGAACGAAGGUAGCAGAGGCAUUGACAUUGAUUGUGAGGCAGAGAAGAAAAGAAAGUGUAAUGGGGGAGACAAAAACUGACAUGCUAGGUGCAUUGUUGGCAUCUGGCGACCACUUUUCCAAUGAACAAAUAGUCGAUUUCAUGUUGGCAUUACUCGUCGCCGGAUAUGAAACCACCUCUACCAUAAUGACAUUCGCGGUCAAGUUUCUCACCGAACAUCCUCUAGCAUUGGCACAACUCAAGGAAGAGCAUGACCAAAUCAGAGCAAAGAAAAGUUGCCAAGACGUACCAUUGGAGUGGACAGAUUACAAGUCAAUGGCAUUUACUCAAUGUGUUGUGAAUGAGACUUUAAGGAUGGCAAACAUAAUUGGUGGGAUAUUUAGGAGAGCAAUGACAGACAUCAAUAUCAAAGGCUACACUAUUCCAAAGGGGUGGAAAGUCUUUGCAUCAUUUCGUGCCGUACAUCUAAACCCCGAUCAUUUCAAAGAUGCGCGCACCUUCAAUCCAUGGAGAUGGCAGAGGAAAUCAGAAGCAACAAGCCCUGCAAAUGUCUAUACACCAUUUGGAGGAGGGCCACGGCUGUGUCCCGGUUAUGAGCUAGCCAGAGUUGUACUCUCAGUAUUUCUUCACCGCAUUGUAACUCGAUACAGUUGGUCUCCUGCAGAAGAAGAUAAGUUGGUGUUUUUCCCAACCACUAGGACGCAGAAGAGGUUCCCUAUCAUAGUGAAGCGUAGAGUGGAGUCCAAAUUAUGUAAUUAAUUAAAGUGCCAGUAUAAGUAAUAAUACAGUUAUAUCUACUAGUUUAGUAGUUCAUAUGUUAUUUUUUUCCUUUUAUGGUUAUAAGAUAAAAUGUCUUGUUAA